CCUCCCCCUCCACCCCCGCCUCGCACCACCAGGACCCCGGCAGCAUCCGCAGAGAGGAGGAAUCCCCGUGCCCACCGAAGCGCUCCGUUUGGAGGAGAAUGUUGUGACAGCCAUGUCUCUGGAGAUGGAGAAGACCAUCACCAAGCUGAUGUAUGACUUCCAGAGGAACUCCACCUCCGAUGAUGACUCCGGAUGUGCACUGGAGGAGUACGCCUGGGUCCCCCCCGGCCUUAGUCCCGAGCAGGUGCAUCAGUAUUACAACUCCUUACCGGAGGAGAAGGUCCCUUAUAUAAACAGCCCCGGAGAGAAGUACCGCAUCAAACAACUUCUACACCAGCUGCCACCACAUGACAACGAGGUGCGCUACUGCAACGGCUUGGACGAGGAGGAGAAACGGGAGCUCAAGCUCUUCAGCAACCAACGGAAGAAGGACAACCUGGGCCGAGGAAACAUCCGUCCGUUCCCCCCCACCAUGAACGGGGCCAUCUGCGACAAGUGCGGCGGUCAAAUAAACGGAGGGGACAUGGUGGUUUUCGCUGCGAGGGCGGGUCACAGUAAAUGCUGGCACCCUCACUGCUUCGUCUGCAGCAUGUGUGAGGAGCUUCUGGUGGAUCUCAUCUACUUCUACCAGGACGGCAAGAUCCUGUGUGGCCGACACCACGCCGAGAGGAUGAAGCCCCGCUGCUGCGCCUGCGAUGAGAUAAUCUUUGCUGAUGAAUGCACCGAGGCGGAGGGCAGGCACUGGCACAUGAAGCACUUCUGCUGCUACGAGUGCGAGGCCGCCCUCGGCGGCCAGCGCUACAUCAUGAAGGACGGACGGCCCCACUGCUGCAACUGCUUCGAGUCCCUUUAUGCAGAGUACUGCGACGCGUGCGGAGAACACAUAGGCAUCGACCAAGGCCAGAUGACGUAUGACGGGCAGCACUGGCACGCCACCGAGGAGUGUUUCUGCUGCGCCCGGUGCAAGCGCUCCCUGCUGGGCCGCCCCUUCCUGCCCAAACAGGGGCAGAUCUUCUGCUCGCGGUCCUGCAGCGCUGGACAGGAUCCAGACGAGUCCGACUCCUCAGACUCCGCCUUCCAAAGCGCCCGUUCCCGCGAAUCCCGCCACAGCACUAAGAUUGGCAAAAAGGAGCGCAGGAACGCCGAGGCCCGGCAGGCGGCUCCUCCGCCCAUGCCCGACCGUCUGUCGGCUGAGAUCGAUCCGCUCUCCGUCCAGAUGGACCGCUUGAGCCUCUCGUCCAGCCAGACCCCGAGCAGGACGCCCAACCGCACGCCCAGUCGCACGCCGAGCCGCGCCCCGAGCCUUAACCAGGUGUGGAUGAGCCGCGACGACCCCUACGUCCCCGGCGCCUACGAGGGCCCCCAGCGGGAACCCUCCCCCACACCUGCGCCUAUCCAUAUGCUGGCACAGUGUAACCCCAGGCAGGGCUACAACCCCAACGCAAACGGCCAUCCGUCAGCUCAGACCGCCGCCAACCCGGGGAAGAGGCCUGACUCGUGGGGGAAGGAACCAGGCAACGCCAAGAGGACCCCCAUGGCGGCUCUGAGGGGCCACUCCUUUAAUGAGAACUGGACCCACCACAGCCAGGAUGAGUUCAGGCCCAACAAGCUGCGCACCCAGAUGAGCUUCAACGAGAUGUCGAGCCAGAACCAGGGCUUCUCCGACAAGAGGAGCAUCAGCCUGCACGGCUUCCAGAGAGAUGGCAGACCCCCGCUGACCCGGAGGAACCCCGUCAAUGCCAUGAGCUUCAACGAGCCCCUCGCCCCUCUGGAACAGACGCCUCGGGGAUCCACGGAUUCCCUCAUCAUGUCCAACGCCACAGCAGGUAACUCCCUGGACGGGGUCAGUAAGCGCCAGGAGCAUCUGUCCAGGUUCUCCAUGCCCGACCUCAGUAAAGACUCCGGUGUGAAUGUGUCCGAAAAGAGCAACAUGGGCACCCUGAGCUCCUCGGUCCAGUUCCACAGCACCGAGUCGCUGUCCUCCUCUCGCCCCUAUAACAACAACGUAUACGCUCCGCUGAGAGUCGGGUACCCGCUGCAGUACUGGGACGGCCCGCAGCCGCUGGGCUUCGACGACAAAGGCCGCGUCGGGGUGAUGGGCAGCAGUGGAAACCUGCGGAUGGCCCCCAUGAGCGACAGGAUGCCCCGCCGGCGCAUCAACGGGCAGGAACCCGCGGCCUCGCAGCAACAGCAGCAGCAGCCGCAGCAGCAGCCGCAGCCGAGGCGCCGCAAACACCACCGCGGGAACCACGGCAACGGGCAGCACCGCAGCAGCCGCCACCACAAGCGCUCUCGGCGCUCCCGCUCCGACAACGCCUUGCACCUGGUGGCGGACCGGCCCGCCCAGAUGCUGGAGCCGCCGUAUCGCCGCGUCCAGGAGGAUUACGACCGCUUCCCCGCCGGGAACGCCGCCCGCGAGCUGUUCGGCCUCGAGCCGGGCGGCUACAGGCAGCAGCCGCAGCGGCCAUGCCCCCGCACCACUUCUGAUCUCACCCUGCAGAACGCUGGCUGGCCACCCGCGGGGCUCGGCGGGCCGUGCUGGGGCGACGGGUACACGGAGGCCGCCGACCCCUGGUGCUCCAGCUGCUCCUCUUCCUCCGAGUCAGAGGCAGACGAGGGUUACUUCCUGGGCGAACCCAUCCCGCGACCCGUGCAGCUGUGCUACAUCAACAACGAGGAGCUGCGCCACCGCUACAGCCCCUCCGGGAUAGCUGCCCACCACGGACCUCUGCACGGGCCCAUGCACGGACAGAUGCACGGACAGAUGCACGGACAGAUGCACGGGCCGAUGCACGGGCCGAUGCACGGCCAGCUGCACGGCCGCCAAAGGAGGAAGAGCAAAAACUGCAUCAUUUCUUAGAGGUAGAGCAAGAGUGAUGGUGAGAGGGGGGAGAGUGAAAGAGAUAAGAGAGGGGUAAGGAACAAAGAGGGGAGGUGAGAGGGAGACAGUUGAGAGUGCAUAGUGUGUUUGUGUGUGUGUGUGUGUGUGUCGGGGUUGAGAGAAAAGGCCUAUUUUUUUUUUUUUUGUGCUUGUGAGCCUACACAACUCUACACCGGGUAGUGUUUGUGCACACCUACACAGAAUGAUCUAAUCACCAGAGGAAGCUCAGCUGGCUUACACAACAGAGGUGUUUACAGUGAAGGAGGUCGGCUCCUCUGGUGGUCGAUCGGGAGCGCGGACAGAACUUGACUUCUAAAUAUACCGCGGUGGAUGUAAAUGACGUACGUGUGCGCGCGUGUUACAAAGAGAGGCUGAACAAUCGCUCCACAGCGCGAAGAAGGGCGGGCAAAAAGCGAUUAAAACCUAAUUCCAUGUGGACGAAGCAGAACGCGUGUCGGGGGGGGAGUGAAAGUCACGUGUGCCGCCGCGUCAUCACCUUGUACAAAUAGUCUGUUGAACCUCGUGCUCUACAUAGCCAGCUCGCCAUGCUUCAGCGGGGAGGGGGGGGGGGGCCAGGGCGCCGGCCGGCCUCUGCUCCUCCACCAUUCAGCCUCAGUGACGUCAGGUAUGGUCCCGUUUUCUCUUCUGCAACAUGCUUCGUUUUUCAGAGUUACCCUUAGAUGAUUAAGAAUUAUAAUAAUGACAACGCUAACAAUAAUAAUUACAAUGCAAAUAAUAAAUAUGAGAACAUUAGAGAAUAAUACCUGUUAAAUGUAUAUAUAGUAAUACACUUAUUAAAUUGAUGGAUGUAGUAAUGUAAAUGUUCUGUACAUAUGGUCUUAAAUAUUUAUAUAUUUUGUAACUAAAGAUCAUUAUUUGUAUAACAUGAUGUAGGGUUAGGGAGACUUGCAUGUUGAUUUGUUGUUGUUGUCUGAUACAGAAAAUAAAGUGUGCUUCAAUGAACUUUG